CAAGAUUGAGGCGGUUGAGUUUAUGGACUUGAGUCACGUUUCAUCCAAAUUUUACCAAAAUUUAGCAAUCAUUGUCCUUUAGUUUGCCCAUCACUUGCUUAAGAGUACCAUAAAUGGACAAGUCAGAUUGGCCUAGAUAGAUUCCCGCCAAUGGCCACUGGCUCACAGAUAGUUGUUAAACGAAGAUUACACGAAUUUUUGAUCUAGCUAAAAAUACAUAUCAAAGUUCAUCAGCCCACUUUAUCGCUCUGCAGCGUAGCUCUUUGUCUCUGCCUCUAAUCUCUGUCAGACGAGCUGAACACCUUCCCCAAACUGUCUGGUAGAUAACUGUCUCUGCUGCCUACGCAUUCGCAUAUUCGGCGUCUUGCGGUAGUUACCCCGUCGACAGACAGCCGUUUGUCCAUUCGUCUGCCCUCACUGGUGCUGAUCGGUUCGUUCCUACUCCGAGGAACCUUGCACACUGCAGCCACUUCUAAGGCCUAACCUGGCUCCUAUAAGUGCGAAUCUAACAAGUGGCCGCUAAUUAAUCAUCCACAGCAACGUGUUGUAAUAAAAAUCGAAACUCCUUGCAUUAGUCGAUUUUAAAGUGUUUGUAAAAGCUGGCCAUGUGCGAUAAUGAGGAUGAUCUCUAUCGGGAGCGACUGCCAGAUGUUUGGGGAGCGGUGGGCUCCAAGGCCCGAAACUGCUGCAAUAUGCGUGCCGUUCACAAAUACCUGCCCGUCACCGAUUGGCUGCCGAAAUACCAGUGGAACUUCCUGCCCAUGGAUCUGGUGGCGGGUCUCACCGUGGGUCUGACAGCAGUGCCACAGGCUAUAGCUUAUGGGGCUGUGGCAAACCUGCCGCCUGCCUAUGGGCUUUACUCGGCGUUUAUGGGUGGAUUUGUCUAUAUACUGCUCGGAACCUGCAAAGACAUCACAGUGGGACCCACAGCCAUUAUGGCGUUAAUGGUGCGCCCCUACGUGAACGGUAAUCCGGCGUAUGCGAUACUCCUGUGCUUCCUGUCCGGCUGCAUUAUCACCAUCAUGGGCCUGCUUAACCUGGGAGUACUUAUGCGGUUUAUUUCGGUGCCAGUGACGACGGGGUUUACGAUGGCUGCAGCCAUUACGAUUGCCACAGGCCAGGUUAACAGCCUAUUUGGCAUUAGCAGCAGUGCUAAUGGGUUCCUCGACUGCUGGAUACACUUCUUUGGUCAUAUAACAGAAACGCGGCGGAAUGACGCUAUCCUGGGGUGCUGCACACUAGUCCUUUUACUUCUUAUGCGGCAACUUAAAGACCUCCCCUUUCGCUUUAAAAGUGUCUUGAAGUAUACUUCGCUGUCUCGCAAUGCUGUAGCAGUGCUGGUGGGAAUUCUCCUGUGCUACCUACUGAAGAAAGACGGUAACUUGCCAUUCCUCGUCAGCGGAAGCAUCACACCCGGCCUUCCUCCAUUCCGCCCACCACCCUUUCACACAGAAGACGCAGGCACCGGAGAAGUCAUUAACUUCGAAGGUAUGGUCUCCAACGUAGGUUCCGCCUUGGUAUCCAUACCCCUGCUUUCCAUAUUGGAGAGCAUUGCUGUGGCAAAGGCCUUCUCGAAGGGUAAGAUAGUGGAUGCAUCGCAGGAGAUGAUUGCCCUAGGCAUAAGCAAUGUGCUCAGCAGCUUCUUCUCAUCCAUGCCUAUCACUGGCUCGUUUACGCGGACAGCUAUUAAUAAUGCCAGUGGAGUGAAGACGCCACUGGGCGGGGCUGUGACCGGUACUCUUGUUCUCAUGACCCUCGCCUUUUUGACAUCUACUUUCGCCUACAUUCCCAAGGCCACGUUGGCGGCCAUUAUAAUAGCAGCCAUGUUCUUCAUGGUAGAAUACGAAACAAUCGGAGAGAUUUGGCGAGCAAAGAAGCGAGAUAUUCUGCCGUUUCUGGUCACAGUGCUUUGCUGUGUAUUUUGGACAUUAGAGUACGGAAUGGUAGUUGGCAUCGUAUUUAAUGCACUCUUUCUUCUUUACAAAAGCAUGAAGCCACAGUGUAGCUUGGAGGUUCAAAAGUUUAACGGCAUUGAAGUGACUAUGGCCGACCUCAAGGGUAGUGUCGAUUACGCAGCAGCCGAGUAUUUGAAGACGACAAUAAUGUCUCACGUGACGGUUAGAAACGGCGACAGUGGCACUUGCUCGUUGGUGGUCAUUAGGGGGCACGAGAUCGCCUCAAUUGAUACGACCGUGGCGCUGAACCUCAAAUCGCUGCGCGAAGAUCUCUCCCUUCUGCAGUGUGACCUGCUGUGCUGGAACUGGAGCAUCCCGGCAGCCGGAGUGAUUUGCCGGAUGGAUACAAAACUGCGUAGUAUGUUUAAGUUCUCAUCAAGCUUUUCCGACCUAAUGCAAACAAUGACGAGCAAAGAAGCCGCUUCGUGUACAGCCGUAGACUUGAGUCAAUAAGUGUGUUCUUUUGGCUUGACGUCCAAGAAUUGUGUAGAACUACGUUAAUUGGAAAAAUUAAACUUUUCCCACCAUAAUGGAGAAAUAUAAAUUUCUAUAAUUCAGAGAAACCAUGUAGUUAAAUAGAUAAUACAUUUUGUUGCCUGUUAAGUAAAGGCCUUGUUGAAUUUCAAACGCUGCUCAGUAA